AUGGUAAAAAGUUGUCUAAAUGAAGGUGGUGGACUUGCAUUAGGACCAAGAAGUAUCAAAAACAAAGUCGAAAAAAUAAAAAACGAAACUGAUUUUUACGAAAAAACUCCUUUUUUAACCAUCGCGAAAGAAUUAUUAAUGCUAAUUAAGGAAAAUAAAGUAGAACAAAUUAUCUUUUUAUCUGCCUAUAAUAAAAGAGAUUUUGCAAAUGGUGAUCCACGGAAAAAGAAAACAUUCAGCGAAACUUUUGAAAAUGUUCCUAAUUGUGAUAUCGUAAUUGAUGAUAAUCCUAAUAUUCUUACUAAUGUAUUAAAAGAAAAUAAAAAAAUUACUGCUUUAGCCCCCUAUUAUUCUCCAACCAUCAAGCAUCACCAAAAUGUAUUAUUAGUCAAAACUUCUCUAAUAGAGGACUUAAAAGAUGCCCUUAAACUUUUAGAAGACCAAAAAGGAAAGCAAUUAGAUAAUUUUGGUGAUCCGAUUAUUUUAGAAACCGGAUUAUGUUCUUUGGUAGAUAGUUAUCAGAGUGAAGAAGAAGAAAAUGAGGAUAUUUAA